GACAGAUUUGCGGAUAACUCGACUUCUUCCAGACCCUUCCACGAUGAUGAUGUGCGCACAUCUGACUCUGCUUUUCGAUGGGCAGUCGUCAAUGAUGGUCGUUCCUACUCAGCUAACCUACUUGACAGGGCGGCACGUGUUCUUGAGCGUGUGGGUUCAUCUAAAGAGCUACGACAGGACUUUGAGAAGGCUUCUAAACUAAUUCAGGUCACAUCUCUUUUUCUUCUUAGUCACACUGCAUUUAACUUCACAAGAUUGUAG